AUGGCUAUUGCACACAAGUUUCACGAGAUGGUGCUCAAGAAUCUUCGCAAUCAGAAAAAUCUGAGCAAUGGUAAUAAAUCGAGCAUUCGAUGGAAUGGUCAUGUUGGACGACCAAUGGCUGUGAAGCGGCUUAAAGAGCCUCUCAAUUCGCAAGAGGAUAUCUUUCUUGAUUUGUCCAAAAACGAUGGUGACGAUGAUAAGGAAGAGGAUGGUUUCACUUCCUCUUCCGACGACUGCAUCAGUUUGAGUGCCCUCCUCGAAGAAUAG